ACUGCUGUGAUGUCAAUAAUGUCAGAUUUUGUCACGCGUUCUCUUUGGUGGAAGAAUAGGUAGUUGGAGUGAAUACAUACCAAAUUAUUUCGGUCUUGGCAAUUUAUUAAAUGAUUAUUUACUGAAAUUUAGAUAUAGUUACUUUAAAACAUGAUGAGUGACGAUGAUCGAGAUAUAGACAUAGAAAGUGAUGCCGAAAAUGAUUCAGAUUCUCGAACACAUGCUAGAAACGGCAUCGGUGGAGGUGGUGGCUAUUACUCACAGGCAGAGAAGAGAGCACACCACAAUGCCCUCGAGAGAAAGCGACGAGAUCACAUAAAAGAUAGUUUUACAUCACUUAGAGAAUCUGUUCCUGCUUUGCAAAAUGAGAAAGUGGUAAGUAACAGAAACAGUGAGAAAGGGGCCAGUCGUGCACAAAUACUAAAAAAGGCUGCUGAAUAUAUACAAUUCAUGAGAAGAAAAAAUAAUUCACACCAACAGGAUAUUGAAGAUUUGAAAAGGCAAAACAAUAUAUUGGAAGCUCAAAUUAGAGCUUUAGAGAAAGCCCGAACUACUGGAAAUUAUGUUGAUGCUCAUGAGUUGGGUCUGGGCAUCAAGUCUGAAGGCAGUUCACAUGAUACGGACAGUUCAGACGGAGAAGGCACCACCCGUCGUGUCAAAAAACUUAAAAUAAAUGGUGUAAAUGUUUAGGAAGAAUUCCAUAAUUGAAUUAUCCUAGCAGUGACAUGUGGUUAUUAAGUUGAUUGUGAAAACUAUUUUAUAAUAUGAAGUUGUUUUAUGUGCAUAAAUUUCUUACCAGUUCACAUCUUGAACACAUUAAAGAUUCACAUCUUAAUAGUUAUUGAAGAAGAAUAUAUAAGUUAAUUUAUUUUUCCACUACAUUGCAAAGUUUUUAGUUACAACUGAUCUGUCAUAUGUCUGCAUCCCAAGUAAAAGUACAUAUGUAUGUUCAGUUCAAAUUGAUUCUGAAUGGUAUUGUCACAUAAUGGUAGCUGUACUAUAAUCCAGUGACCAGCAGCAGCAUUGGGAACAACUAGUUAAUCGUGGUUCAUCAUAAUUGAGCUCAAACAAAUAAAGGACCCAUACUUUUAUUCUCUUUAGAUAUCAAAACAAAAGAAGUUCAUUUAUGAUGAGCCUUACUAAUAAUGUACCUCUCUAGUAAUUGGCAAAAAAGCCACUGAUUCCAAUGUCAUUCUCGGAUCACUGAAUUGUAAAUGUUCACCAACAUAAUAAAAUAAAUUUCAGGAAAAGGAACAUUAAUCUCUUGGCUCUUGGAUUAUUUUCAAUUCUCUUUUUAAAUUUUACAAUUUUAAUGUAAAUAUUUGAGUAACAAGUUAGAUAAGCGUUUGGAAUCAUUGCUAGGAGUGAUUUUGUUAUAAUGACAUGUUUCUGUCAACAAGUACCUAUUGUUAAAAUUGUUCAUGUACAUAAUACAUGUGUUAACAUUAUAUUGGAUUUUCUUGAAUUUAGUUUUGAUUGAUAAUUAUAGAAAAUGAAUUGUAUUGAUGAAUGAAUG